AUGCUUCCAACAGCAGCCAGAUGGUCUCUGCGGCUCCCACGUGAACAGUUUCGCGCAUUCGCAACCCGUGGCACACCUCCACCACCCGGGCCCCGCGGUCGGCUUCCCCGACGCACACCGCCACAACGAAACGAGGAGCGAGCUGCGAGGUCUUCGGGGCAGUCUGCCACCCAGAGUAACCAGCCGUCGCAGGAUGCAUCCAGUGCCUCUGCGAACGGACCUUCGAGGGUCGAGGCAGUGUCUAACGCGCUCGCAACGACGCCCGACUCGCAAAAUCCGCUCGUCACGCCCGUCCACUUGCUCGAAGACCCCCACGCCGUCCUCAAACAGUCACAUCCCGCGAUGCGCAUCCUCGACAACUCGGCCAUCGUUAUUCAGCGCCAGCUCGAGAUGAUGAACGUGCUGAUGGGCUUCGAGCAGGCGAAUCGCUACGUUAUCAUGGACCCCCACGGGAACCACAUUGGCUAUCUUGCCGAGCGCGACCACGGCAUUGGCAGUGCGAUGGCGCGACAGAUGUUCAAGACGCACCGCAGCUUCACAACACACGUUUUCGACCGCGACGAAAAGGAGGUGCUGCGCUUCCACAGGCCAUUCAGCUGGAUCAACUCGCAGAUAAGCGUUUACGAUGCUGUCGGCGAUGGCGGUGCAUGCACAAGCUCGACGCAGCUGCAAGGCACGAGUACGGCCAGCAUUGUGAAACAGACGAGCGCGAAUGUGUCCAACUUGGAUCUUAGCGAUAUGCGCAUCAUUGGCGCGACGGAACAAGAUUGGGCGCCGCUGCGGAGGAAGUAUAACAUGUUUCUCGCCCGUGACCUCGCAGCAGCCUCGUCCAAUACGCCUCAGAUCGCGCCCGGGAGCCUCCCGUUAUCAGACAGCAAAGAAACGACGGUAGCAGAGGGCGAUAACAGAAAAGUCGGCAUGCUGCAAUUCGCACGCGUCGAUGAACGCUUCCUGUCCUGGGACUUCAGCUUGAUGUCUCAGGAUGACCGGCUGCUCGGGUCUGUGAACCGCAACUUUGGUGGCUUUGCGCGUGAGAUCUUCACGGAUACCGGUGUUUACGCACUGCGCAUGGACGCCGCGGCGCUCUCACAAGAACCAAGUCACAUGGUGAGCCAGACAGGACAGGGAGAUCCUGGGCCAGGUAUGACGCUCGAUCAGCGCGCCGUCAUGCUUGCAACAGCCGUCAGCAUCGACUUCGACUACUUCAGUCGGCACAGCGGCUCGGGCGGUAUGAUGUGGCCCAUAUGGAUGCCCUGGUUCGGCGGCGCUGGAGAAGCCGGUGGUGCUGUUGCGGGCAGAGCCGCAGCUGGUGAGGCCGGCGCCGCAGGAGUGGCUGGUGUAGGCACUACAAUGGGAGCAGCAGGCGAGUCCGGCGUCUUGGGUGAAGCUGCAGCCGGUGUUCGCGGUUUAGGUGCUGCUGAAGGCGCCGCGACUGGCGCUGCAACCAUGGCUGGAUACGAAGCCCUGCAAAGGGGACGAGGGGAUCAACAGGCUGACGAUAUGGCACCUCAAGCAAAUGACCCGUAUCAGCCCCCGGAGGAUCAGCAGCAGGGUGGGCCUGGUGAGGAUGAUGUCUGGGGACAGAACGGUGAUCCUUGGGCGGAUCAACGCGGCCAGAACCAAGAGCAAGACGUCUGGGGAGGAGAUCAGGGCGGUGAUGGCGGAGGCGGCGAAGGCGGCGACUCAGACUGGGGCGACUGGUUCUGA